CAAUCUCCAAUUGACUCUUUGGGCAUUAUAGCCAAGAGCCGAGAUCCAGCGACAGCGACGACAAGUUUUCCGCGCACACGGAAAGUCAGCAAAGUUAAUACACCGAAAAUAUAUAUAGUUUUAAAUUCGACUAAUCGCUUCCAACGGAAAUUCCCUGUGAGUGCGCGUGUGUGUUGCGAUAUUUGCGAAAAAUCCAAAAGUUUCUACGCCAAACAAACAGCAAAAAGUCGCGCUUAAACUUUUUCGAAAUUAAAUAAAACACACACACGAAUUUCAGCCACGAAGAGGAAGAGAAGGCUGAAAAAGCGAAAAAAAACCUCGUGUGUGUGUGUGUAUGCUAGUGUGCAUGUGUGUUAGAGUAUCUGUGUGUGUGUGUACGUGUGCAUGUCUCUCGGAGAGCGUGAGCUUAAAGUGUGCCUGUGUGUGUGUGCUUGCGAGCUGGAAUGAGACGCCAUCAAAGCUGAGCAGCGAAUAAUAAAAUGCAAAAUAAAAAUAGUGAUUAAUAACAGCAGCCAGAACCAGCAGCAACAACAAAUGCUAGUGCGGAAAGCGCGUACAAAAUAGUGAAAAUACUCAAAAAACAACAACAGCAAGAACAAAUUGGUUGGAAAACGCAAAUGCCAGGCGAAACGCCCCCGCACCGACCCGCCCCCUCAACACUUGCGCCCUUCAGUGUUCAGCAGCAGCAACAGCAACAGCAACAACAGCAACAAGAGUAGCAAUAGCAGCAACAUGAGCAGCAGCAACAUCAAAUGUUAGGCCAAAAUGCACAAACCGCCAGCAACAAAGGCAGCAGCAGCAAUCAAACGAAACAACAACAGCUCCACAUACCACAAAGAGUGGCACAUUAGAAGCGGCCAAAAGCAGCCAGCCGAGAGCAUUGUGUAAGCCAAAGGCCCAGAGAGCCAGGCUAAAAGCCCCCAGACGCACGACAGCAACAACAGCAACAGCAGCAGCAGCAACAACAACUAAAACAGCACAAAGAGUGGCGAAAGGUGCACCCACCAGCAAAACAGCAACAACCAACAACAGCAAACAGCAGCCACAUUUCAGUUCCAGCUCCAGACUCCAGACUCCCAGGUUGCAGACUCCCCAAGCAAACAGACUCCAACCAAGUCCACGAUCCAGCUCCAGUUCCACAGAUCCAGCGAUCCAGCGAUCCACUGUUCCUGCGUGCUCGAGUGCCAUAGAUCCUCACCAAGUGCCAAAAUCCGCAUCCUGAUCCCGAGAGCUCAAGGCACCCCGGCCCAAAACUGAGCUGAGAACGAAGCGAAGGAAGUUCCUUAGUGCCAUAGAAAGCAGUGAAUGAAACAACGACUAAGACGAAGAUCGAGCAUCGACCAUCCGGAAGUGGAGCUAAAUUCGAACGAAAGAAAACAACAAAGUGCCUUCCAUCAAUCCGUUGAUAAGUGAUAUUUAUUAUGUUUAUACUUGCCAGCAGCCGAGGCAGCAACAGCAAUAGCAACAACCACAGGGGAUCACGGCAUCGAUGAUCAGACCACCACGACCAAGUCCUAGUGCAAUCCGGAAUCCAGUUCAAAUUAGUUCAGUAAGCCGUAACUAGCACGUAUAAUGUCCACAUCCACCGCCACAACGAGCGUCAUCACGUCCAACGAGCUCUCGCUGUCCGGCCACGCCCACGGUCACGCCCACGGUCACGGGCACGCCCACCAGCUGCACCAGCACACCCACAGCCGCCUAGGAGUUGGCGUCGGUGUCGGCAUCCUCAGCGACGCAUCCCUAUCGCCCAUCCAACAAGGCAGUGGCGGAGGCAGCGGAGGAGGAGGCAACACAAACAGUUCACCACUGGCACCCAACGGAGUGCCACUGCUGACGACAAUGCACCGAUCACCGGACUCACCGCAGCCGGAAUUGGCCACCAUGACGAACGUCAAUGUGCUGGAUCUGCACACGGAUAACUCCAAGCUGUACGACAAGGAGGCUGUCUUCAUCUACGAAACACCCAAGGUGGUGAUGCCGGCGGAUGGCGGCGGUGGCAAUAAUUCCGAUGAAGGUCAUGCCAUCGAUGCGCGGAUUGCGGCCCAAAUGGGCAACCAAGCCCAACAGCAGCAGCAGCAGCAGCAACAGCAGACGGAGCACCAGCCGCUGGCCAAGAUCGAGUUCGAUGAGAACCAGAUAAUCCGGGUCGUGGGACCAAACGGUGAGCAGCAGCAAAUCAUCUCGCGAGAGAUCAUCAACGGGGAGCAUCACAUCCUGUCGCGCAACGAGGCUGGUGAGCACAUUCUCACCCGGAUCGUUAGUGAUCCGUCCAAGCUGAUGCCCAACGACAAUGCGGUGGCCACGGCCAUGUACAACCAGGCCCAGAAGAUGAACAAUGACCACGGACAGGCGGUGUACCAGACAUCACCAUUGCCGCUGGACGCCUCCGUGUUGCAUUACAGUGGCGGCAAUGAUUCGAAUGUGAUUAAAACCGAGGCCGACAUCUACGAGGAUCAUAAGAAACAUGCGGCUGCAGCAGCAGCUGCUGCCGGCGGUGGAUCCAUCAUCUACACCACCUCCGAUCCGAAUGGGGUGAAUGUGAAACAACUGCCCCAUCUGACGGUGCCACAAAAACUGGAUCCCGACCUCUAUCAAGCCGAUAAGCACAUCGAUUUGAUCUACAACGAUGGCAGCAAGACGGUGAUCUACUCCACCACGGAUCAGAAGGGUUUGGAGAUAUACUCGGGCGGCGACAUCGGCAGUCUGGUGUCCGACGGCCAAGUGGUGGUCCAGGCGGGACUACCCUAUGCCACCACCACCGGAGCCGGCGGCCAGCCCGUCUACAUUGUGGCCGACGGUGCCUUGCCAGCGGGAGUCGAGGAGCAUCUGCAGAGCAGUGGAAAGCUCAAUGGCCAGACCACACCUAUCGAUGUCUCUGGCCUAUCGCAAAAUGAGAUUCAAGGCUUUCUGCUCGGCUCACACCCCUCGUCAUCGGCGACGGUCAGCACAACCGGCGUUGUCUCCACGACAACGAUCUCGCAUCACCAGCAGCAGCAGCAGCAACAGCAACAGCAGCAACAGCAGCAGCAACACCAGCAGCAACAUCCCGGCGACAUUGUGAGUGCCGCUGGCGUGGGGAGCACGGGCUCCAUUGUCUCCUCGGCGGCGCAGCAGCAGCAGCAGCAGCAACUAAUUAGCAUCAAACGAGAGCCCGAAGACUUGCGCAAGGAUCCCAAGAACGGCAACAUUGCCGGUGCUGCAACCGCAAAUGGACCGGGUUCGGUCAUAACGCAGAAGAUCUUGCACGUGGAUGCACCAACGGCAAGUGAAGCUGAUAGGCCCAGCACACCCAGCAGCAGCAUCAGCACUGAAAACACUGACUCGGAGCCACAUUCAGCGCCUGGAUUAGGAUCAGGAUCAGGAUCAGGAUCAAAAUCAGGAUCGCCGGGAGCCAGGACCACAGACACACUUGAGAUGUAUGCAACCACGGGCGGCACACAGAUCUACCUACAGACCUCACAUCCCAGCACGGCGAGCGGAGCGGGCGGCGGCGCCGGACCCGCUGGAGCCGCCGGUGGCGGCGGUGUGUCCAUGCAGGCGCAGAGUCCCAGUCCGGGUCCCUAUAUCACGGCCAAUGACUAUGGCAUGUAUACGGCCAGUCGCCUGCCACCCGGUCCCCCGCCCACCAGCACCACCACGUUCAUAGCGGAGCCCUCCUACUACCGGGAAUACUUUGCGCCGGACGGCCAGGGUGGCUAUGUGCCGGCCAGCACGAGAUCCUUGUACGGCGACGUGGAUGUAUCCGUAUCUCAGCCCGGCGGCGUGGUCACCUACGAGGGCCGCUUCGCCGGCAGCGUUCCCCCGCCCGCCUCCACCACCGUGCUCACCAGCGUGCACCACCACCAGCAGCAGCAGCAGCAACAGCAACAACAGCAGCAUCAGCAGCAGCAGCAGCAACAACACCACCAGCAGCAACAGCACCAUUCGCAGGAUGGCAAAAGCAACGGCGGUGCCACGCCCCUCUACGCCAAAGCCAUCACGGCGGCGGGUCUAACGGUGGAUCUGCCAAGUCCGGAUUCGGGCAUUGGUACGGAUGCCAUCACACCGCGGGAUCAGACCAAUAUCCAACAGUCCUUCGAUUACACGGAAUUGUGCCAGCCGGGCACGCUGAUCGAUGCCAAUGGCAGCAUACCCGUCAGCGUGAACAGCAUCCAGCAGAGGACGGUGGUCCAUGGCAGCCAGAACAGCCCCACCACAUCGCUGGUGGACACCAGCACCAAUGGCUCCACGCGAUCGCGGCCCUGGCACGACUUUGGACGUCAGAAUGAUGCCGACAAAAUACAAAUACCAAAAAUCUUCACAAACGUGGGCUUCCGAUAUCACCUGGAGAGCCCCAUCAGCUCAUCGCAGAGGCGCGAGGACGAUCGCAUCACCUACAUCAACAAGGGUCAGUUCUACGGAAUAACGCUGGAGUAUGUGCACGAUGCGGAAAAGCCCAUCAAGAACACCACCGUCAAGAGUGUGAUCAUGCUAAUGUUCCGCGAGGAGAAGAGUCCCGAGGAUGAGAUCAAGGCCUGGCAAUUCUGGCACAGUCGUCAGCAUUCCGUGAAGCAGAGAAUCUUGGAUGCAGAUACGAAGAACUCGGUUGGCCUCGUUGGCUGCAUCGAGGAAGUGUCGCACAAUGCCAUCGCCGUCUACUGGAAUCCGCUGGAGAGCUCAGCCAAGAUCAACAUUGCGGUUCAGUGCUUGAGCACGGAUUUCAGCAGUCAAAAGGGAGUAAAGGGCCUGCCGCUGCACGUACAAAUCGACACAUUCGAGGACCCCAGAGAUACGGCGGUCUUCCACCGCGGCUACUGUCAGAUAAAGGUCUUCUGCGAUAAGGGCGCCGAGCGAAAGACGCGCGAUGAGGAGCGGCGGGCCGCCAAGCGAAAGAUGACAGCCACGGGCAGAAAGAAGCUGGACGAGCUUUACCAUCCGGUGACGGAUCGGUCCGAGUUCUAUGGCAUGCAGGACUUCGCCAAGCCGCCGGUGCUGUUCUCGCCCGCCGAGGACAUGGAGAAGGUAGGUCAGCUGGGCAUUGGCGCUGCCACCGGCAUGACAUUCAACCCCCUGAGCAACGGCAACUCCAACUCCAACUCGCACUCGUCCUUGCAGAGCUUCUACGGCCAUGAGACUGACUCGCCGGACCUGAAGGGGGCCUCACCGUUCCUGCUCCACGGCCAGAAGGUGGCCACGCCGACGCUCAAGUUCCACAAUCACUUUCCGCCCGACAUGCAGACCGAUAAGAAGGACCACAUACUGGACCAGAACAUGCUGACCAGCACACCACUGACCGACUUCGGUCCGCCAAUGAAACGUGGCAGGAUGACGCCGCCGACCUCGGAGCGCGUGAUGUUGUAUGUGCGGCAGGAGAACGAGGAGGUGUACACGCCGCUGCACGUGGUGCCACCCACCACGAUUGGCCUGCUGAAUGCGAUUGAAAACAAAUACAAAAUCUCAACAACGAGCAUAAAUAACAUUUAUCGCACAAACAAGAAGGGGAUUACUGCGAAAAUUGACGAUGACAUGAUAUCGUUCUACUGCAACGAGGACAUCUUCCUGCUGGAGGUGCAACAGAUCGAGGACGACCUGUACGAUGUGACGCUCACGGAGCUGCCCAAUCAGUAGCACUGGCAGUAUGCUGGCAGUACGGUACGGGUAGCUCCCGAUAACCACACUCAAAACAUACAUACACACACACACACAAAUUACGGACACAAGAAGUUGUUUCAAUAAGCCAUUUUCCAUAGAGCCUAAGUCUAAUAUCGUAGUUGUAUCGUAAAUGGGACACGCAACAAAUCGCGUUGCCACGGAAGUUAAGAACGUUAACAUACGAUACGAUAAAAUGUAAAAUGAUAUACAUACAUAUAUACUUAAAAUUCGAUUUAGUUAUUUAGCAACAAUGAGAUUAUCUAAAAUUGUUUGAUCAAAUUUUACAUUCUCGCUAUGUCUAUAGAUAUUUUGUAAGCCCAUAAUCGUAAUUGUAACCGUAACCGUAAUCGUAA